AUUCGUGAUAAAAACGUCAUUUUCUAUAGCUGUGUUUACGUACAUAAGAGGAUGAAUUCUGUGAGACUUCAUCGUCCUGCGCUCACAAGAUUAGCUUCUCGUACAAUUCCAAAGCAAGCACUUAUCAGACUACCGUUUACUUCUUUUCAGAACCACCAAAUUUGUAUCAUUGCCGGUCGUCAAUUCUCCCAAUCAACGUCUUUCAGAAUGCCAGAUACACUCACGAGGCAAGAGAUCACCUCUCAGACCGACCCGUCGGUGGCCAAGCAGUAUGAUAACGAAACGCCCAAGGACCAGCAAGUGAAAGAGUUCUACGACCUAGUUGACAGCAAGAAGAUCGGGCUGCUUAGCACAUUCAGGAAUGGUGUUGGUCCCGUUGCCCGCUCCAUGGCCGUAGCCAAACGCGUGGGCCCUGACUUCCUCUUCCUCGCCAAUCUCCACAGCAACAAGUUCAACGACAUCAAAGAGAACCCCGUGGUCCAGAUCACCUUUCAAGACUUUAAAAAUCAAGACUGGGUGUCCGUCGCUGGAAAAGUUGUUACCUCUAGCAACGACGAUCCUCGCAUCAAGGAGCUGUGGAGCACUGCCACGAAGGCUUGGUUCGGAGAUCUUGGUGAUGGGAAGCACGACGGAAGCGCGGAUGAUCCAAGGAUGGCUCAGAUCGAGGUGAAAACAAACUACAUCUCUUACUGGCUCCACCAGGUGGGCGCUUUGGGGUUUAUCAAAGAAGUUGGGCUUGCGGCGGCGACUGGGAAGGUCGCAGAUACUGGCGUUUCGAGGGAGAUUAAGGAGGCGGAUGUUGAGAAGGCGAGGAGUGCUGCGUGACUGCGUCCGAGUAGGGCUUCCCUGUAAAAUAUGAAGUAGUAUGGAAUGACAUAUUACUAUGCACA